AUGGAGGUGGGGGCGGCCUGUUUCGAGCGGCGCCUGUCGCGUCUCCAGGAUCGCAUCCGCCGCGCUGCCUUCUUGGCCCUUGAUAUGGAGUUUACUGGCUUGCAUUCGAUUUUCCCACAAAAUAACGAACCGAGCCUGUUUGAUUCUCCUGCGGAACGGUAUCUGAAGGCUAGGUGGAGCGUUCAGCACUUCACUGUUAGUCAGCUUGGGCUGGCAAUUUUCUCAAAUGAAAAUUCAAACAAGUAUGUGGUGCAUUCAUACAACUUUUUUCUCUUUCCAUCAACAAUGGGAAUUACAGAUGUCGAAUUUACCUUCUCUGCAUCUAGCAUUCAGUUCCUGUCGCAUUAUGGCUUUGACUAUAAUAAGUUCCUCAAAGAUGGAAUCCCAUAUAUGAAUGAGGUACAGGAGAAGAUCUUUAGCCAGCAUCUCUCAGCAAGUAGCUGGAAACACAGCAGUUCCCUGGAUAGGGAUGUGCUGAAGAAGGCUAUUGAUAAAGUCACCUGUUGGAUAGCUGCUGCAGAGGAAGAGGAGACUAUGAUUCUGCAGGAUCUGAGUGGCUAUCAGAUGUUUGAAGUUCAGCUGGUUCUGAGACGGGCUCUCCAAAAUGUUUGGACACAGCCUCUUGGAGGGAAGAAGAUAAUGGUGAAAAAAGUGAGUCCACAGCAUCGUCAGCUUCUGGAGAACUCUCGUUAUGACUACUGCCGGAAGGAGCUUAUUCUCCUGUCCGCCCGCGGCUUCACCAACCUCUUCCUGACACUCGUUAGAGCCAAGAAGCCCCUGGUGGGACACAACAUGUUUAUGGACCUUAUGCAUCUUCAUGACAAGUUCUACAAGCCCCUUCCAGAAAGCUAUGAGGAGUUUAAAAGGAAUAUUCACAACCUGUUUCCUGUCCUUAUAGACACCAAAACUGUAACAAAAUCCAUCUGGAAGAAAUACCUGUUGCCUCGAGUGUCUGAUCUUUUGGAGGCAUAUACGAUUUUGUGCAACAGCAACCUAGAUCUCAAAGAUCCAACAUGUCCAGUGACAGUUCUUGCAAGUGAUUGUUCAAGAUAUGCUGAGAAGAAAUUUCCUCAUGAGGCAGGCUAUGAUGCAUUUCUCUGUGGUUCAGUUCUUCUGAAGUCAGCUCAUUUGCUACUGUGCAGACACACAGAUGAGGCAGUGGCGGCUGCACCUUCUUUCUCUCAGUAUCUCGCCGUGUUAGCCAAGUAUCUGAACAAAGUGAAUUUCGUCCGAGGUGGUGUUUCAAGCAUUAAUUUUUCAGGAGAGGACACCCCCUGCCAGCUUCCCCCUCUCUUGGUUGUCCACGUCCAAGGGUGGCCAGAGGUGAAUGAAAGGCAGAUUUACCAAGAGUUUAAAGCUUUUUGUCACUUUGAUGUCAGACGACUUUCAAAGAACCAGUUCAUUCUGCUCUCCAAUAAAUUCAAGCACGUCAGGUUUGUUCUGCGAGACUUUAGGCAUCACCCUCAUCUGCGGAUUUCCGUCUACCGCCACUGGAGGCACUCUCCGCACGUGAACUGCCUUCUGCGAAUCUCUGGUAUUGUGGUAGUGUGGUCUCUAUUGGCCUUUGCACUUGGAGGAGCUCCUCGUUGUUCAUUCUAA